UUCCGGUUCCCUUUGGUUCCUCCAUCCCGCCCUCUCCUGUUCCUAGGCUCCUGCGCAGCUUGUGCUGUCCCGGGAGGAGGUGAGGCGUCUGUCCUUCAGGGAUCCCCCAGACCUGGCAUGGAGAGCUUGGAGGAGUGCGGAGAGGACGCCGCGCUGGAGCCCUGCAGGACCCCCCAGGCCUCCGUGACAUUCAAGGAUGUGGCCGUGGACUUCACCUGGGAGGAGUGGAGGCUCCUGGACCCUCCCCAGAAGGAGCUGUUCUGGGAGGUGAUGCUGGAGAACUACAGGAACCUGGUCUGCCUGGACCUUGCUGAUUCAAACAAGGAUGUGAUGAUGUCUAAGCUGGAGUCAGGGGAACCACAUUGGAUUCCAACUGGUGGUGUCCUAAGAAGCGGCUGGCCAGGUUGGGAAUCGAGGCCUCAGAACAAGGAGUCAGCUCCCAAGAUGAAUUUUUCUGUGAAAGUCUUAUUCCCGGAAAAUUUCUUGGGGGAUGAUCCAAGGAUCUACAGGAUGGAGAAAGCCUGGGAGUGUGAUGGCAGAUUGAAGAGAAAGCAGAGCAUGGAGGGGAAACCUUCUAGAGGAAUAAUCCAAGCAGAACCUCCCAGUGAGGCUGGAGGCUCUGAAUAUGGUAUAUACAGUCAGACCUCUAGCCCAGAGCCAGGUCUUUUUCCACAACAGGGAGCAUCUAUAGUUAUGCAGGUCCAGAAAGGAGAUAACUUGGGAGGGAGUUCCACCAUGUAUUUGAACCAAGGACAAUGUGAUCAAAUCCAUUCCAGGAAGAAAUGUCCUAAUAAGGUUACAAAAUGUCAGAAAGUGGUGGGUCCUGAUUUGGGCUGCAUAAAAAAAUGUGGAAUUCUUUCUGAAGAGAAAGUUCAUGAAAGGGAGAAUUCUUUCCCCGGAAAUGAUGAAUUUGGUCCACACCUGACAACUGAUAGGGAGACAAAGUUUAAUGAAUUAACUAAACAGAGGAAGACAGGUCGUGCUGAACAUUACUCUCAUCGUCAGAGUAGAGAGAGACGGUACAAAUGCAAUGAAUGUGGAAAGGCCUUCCAGGAAAAGGGAUAUCUUAAAGCACAUUACAGAAUUCAUACUGGAGAAAAACCUUUUAAAUGCAGUGAAUGUGGUAGGGCUUUCUGCCAAAAUAUAGAUCUUAUCCGACAUUUUAGGAUUCAUACUGGAGAGAAACCUUUUAAAUGCAGUGAAUGUGGUAGGGAUUUCUGUCAAAAGACAGAUCUUAUCCAGCAUUUUAGGAUUCAUACUGGAGAGAAACCUUUUAAAUGCAGUGAUUGUGGGAAAGCCUUUUCUAGAAGCACAAGUCUAACUUUACAUCAGAGAUCUCAUACUGGAGAGAAACCAUAUGAAUGCAAUGAAUGUGGGAAGGCAUACGGGUCAAACUCUCACCUUUCAGAACACAGGAGGAAAACUCAUAAAGGAACAGGAUUUCACGAAUGCGACAUAUGUGGGAAAACAUUCUCUGGGAAGUAUAAUCUUACUAAUCACAGUAGAAUUCAUACUGGAGAGAAACCCUAUGAAUGCAGUGAAUGUGGGAAGACCUUCCGCCUGAAGGCAGGUCUUACAUUUCACUUCAGAAUUCAUACUGGAGAGAAACCUUUCAAAUGCAGUGACUGUGAGAAAGCCUUUUCUAGAAGCACAAGCCUAAAUAUACACCAGAGAUCUCAUACUGGAGAGAAACCAUAUGAAUGCAAUCAAUGUGGGAAGACUUUCCGCUCAAACUCUCACCUUUCAGAACACCGGAGGAGAACUCAUGAAGGAACAGGACUUCACGAAUGCAAUGUAUGUGGGAAAGCAUUCUCUCGGAAGUAUAAUCUUACUAAUCACAGUAGAAUUCAUACUAGAGAGAAACCCUAUGAAUGCAGUGAAUGUGGAAAGACCUUCCGCCUGAAGGCAGGUCUUACAUUUCACUUCAGAAAUCAUACUGGAGAGAAACCUUUUCAAUGCAGUGACUGUGGCAAAGCCUUUUCUAGGAGCACAAACCUAACUAUACAUGAGAGACUUCAUACUGGAGAGAAACCCUAUGAAUGCAGUGAAUGUGGAAAGACCUUCCGACUGAAGUCAAGUCUUACAUUUCACUUCAGAAAUCAUACUGGAGAGAAACCUUUUCAAUGCAAUGACUGUGGGAAGACAUUCCGGUCAAGUUCUCACCUUUCAAGACACAGGAGAACUCAUGUAGGAACAUGACUUCAUGAAUGCAAUAUAUGUGGGGAAGCAUUCUCUGGGAAGUAUGAUCUUACUACUCACAGUAGAAUUCACACUGGAGAGAAACCCUAUGAAUGCAGAGAAUGUGGAAAGGCUUUUUAUAGAAAGCAAGACCUUAUCAACCAUAAUAGGAUUCAUACUGGAGAGAAACCUUUUCAAUGCAAUGUUUGUGGGAAAAGUUUUCUCUGGAGAAGCUUACUGACUCUACACCAGACAAUUCUUACUGGAGAGAUGAGAGAGACUAGCUCUACCAAAUAAUUGAAGGGACCACAGGACAGGGUGGGAGAUGAGAAAAUAGGUUUGGGGUUCAGGAUGGCCAGAGGUAAGCUGGUAGCUAAUCAAGGCAAAGUUUAUUGAUUAUGCUUUCCAUUAUAUAGAGAAUCUGAAACAGGCUAAGGUUUUGGGUGAGCUUUUUAUAUUCUCAUUGGAAGGUAAUGAUGUACAAGUUUGGUACAAAGGGUUUAAUUAACCUCAUUGAAUGUAGACAGUUUUCUAUAGGCUGAUAAAUCAAUGUCAAUAUGUAACUACCUAACUGAGAUUGCCAGAGAAUGCUUGCAUCAGCAGUUUUUGGAAGAAAAUGCUGUUACAGCAGGAGGUGUGGAAAAGGAGGGGUUUGAAGCCUCAGUCUACAUGUCUAACUUUAGCUGAGCUAUGGUUUCAGUUUUACUGAGGGUCUGCUUCGUCCAGAGCUUGCUCUUAGGGUCUCAGACUUUUUCCCUCAUACAUCUGCUCUCUUUUUACCUAAAUUAGAUAGGAGGAUAAACUGAAUAAAUGCUUGAUUUCAUUUUUGCUUUCUGAGGUGGAAGCAGGGUAUAGACAUUUGGGUCUGAAUACCACGGACCAGGAGUAUGUACUGAAAGAAUGACAAGGAAUAGGGUUGUGGAGGGGGAAUGAUAUCAGUUACAGAUGCAAUGGACGGGGAUCCUUGGAAUAGUUGGACUGGGGUAAAACAAAGGGUGAGGAAGCCACUUAUUAACAUAAAAUUGGGAAAAUGUUUUAUGGAGAAGUGGCUUAGUUAAGAUUCAUCAGUCUUGGGGAGAAUUGUUCUGACAUAUGAACUGUUCUUUUGGCUUAUCCCCAAGUCAUGGGUUCUGUGGCUUGGGUCCUCAGGGUGGUCAUUUGUGUUCUUCAUACUCCAUUGUUCACAAAGGUCCUCUGUCACAUAUGUCUGUUGCUUCUGGCUUGAUGACUUGGUGUGGAUCCACUUGGUGUGGUAUUAGGAAAAACCUCAACCCCAAUGUUAUAUAAUUAAAAACACAACAACCUGAUAGUUCUGGGAUGGGUCAUGUUCCUUUCAAACCCAAUAUGGUUGGUAUAGAUUUCCUAUGGUAUUUUAGUUUUCUGACCAAUUUGCCUACUCUUUGAUUACUCUAAAAUGAAUCAUUUUUCUAGCUUUGUUAGUUACUUGGAAGAGAACUAACAUUAUCCUCAUAAUUUUUUUGAACUCUGUCAUAACCCAUUUACCUUAAACUUUUAGUUCAUAGUACAAGUCAUAAAACACAUUUUCAGUUUUUGUAGACUCAUGCUUGCACAUAGUAUGUGUUUUGGUAACACUCAAUACAUAACAAUUUAGUCAAAAUCAUUUUCUUUUUUAAGUAGUUAUACCUAUGACAUGUUAAUUAGAGAUUAAUCAGAGUCUUGGUGACCUAAUGUCAUUGUUAAAAUAGUUUUUGAGUCUGGUUUGUUUAAAAAUUUGGAGAUGUUCAGUGCACAAUUUGCAUUUGGUGUAAAGAUACAUUCUAGAUUUUUCCCAUAAAAUGUACAAUCUUUCUUUUCUGCUAUUUGCAUAUAAGUGUUGAGUAGUUUAUUCAACUGCUAAUGUUUAUUUAAAUUUCUUUUUUACUGAUAUGUGCCAUUUUUAAAAUGUCUGUUUACUUGUGGCUUUGGUUACAGUAUUAUUUUUUUAUACCAGAUCAAAAUUUUAUGAAGCUCCUAAUUAGCACCUUGGUUUUUAAUUUUCUGUUUACUGUGAAGACAGGGUUAAUAAGUUUGGGGUGUGGGGGGCAGCUGGGAUGCUCUGUGGAUUGAGAGCCAGGCCUAGAGAUGGGAGGUUCUAGGUUCAAAUCUGGCCUCAGAAACUUCCCAGCUGUGUGACCCUGAACAAGUCACUUGACCCCCAUUGCCUAGCCCUUACUACUCUUCUGCCUUGGAACCAAUAUACAGUAUUGAUUCCAAGAUGGAAGGUAAGGUUUUUUUUUUUUUUUAAGUUUGUAGGAAAUUCUGAGUCUUUAGCAACUUUAUCUAAAAGUUGUCCUGCUGGUGAUUUUAUCUUGGCUUCAUAUCCCAGUUGUAAAUGUUAAAUUUAAUGCUUGGACUUAAAUUAUAUGAAAUAAUGUGAACACUGAAAUUAUGAUAUCUCAAGUCAGUUUAUUUACCAAAAUAGAGGGGGGGAAACAAUAAAGUAGAGAAACAUGAAAGAGGUGUGUGUGAAUGUGAGAUUGUGUGUGUGAAAAUGUGAAAGAAAAUACCUAUACUAGUCCUCAGCCAGGAAGGCUGGAAGUGAGUAACCACAAAGCCUCCUCCAAGAUGGAAGCUAGUCUCUUAGGAAACUAGGAAGGGAUUCAGCCUUUUCACUCAUUCAACAAAGUAGUCCAGGAGCCUGAAUCUAAGUUAAAGUCAUGACCCAAGGCACAGUCUCCAGGGUGAAGUUCCCUUGAAGACUAUCUCCAGGAGACUCUACUUUAGGAGACUGACCCAGCAGAAGGAUUUCCUGGUUUUUUGGGUGGUUUCCUGUUCCUGUCUUUCUUCACAGGGACCAAUCACAAUUUCCAAAUUGUGCAGCCCUGCCCAAGGUCAGUGUAUGUGGGAUUGACUUCUACCUCUAGAGGUGUUAAAUCUUCUCCUAGGAUUCACAUGUUUCUGUGUUGUCACACAGUUUGUGGGUUGCAAACCAAUAUAAUGGAAGAGAUGAGUGGAAGGAGGGAGAGGACAGAGAAGGGAAAGGAGAGUUUCUGAGUUGUCACCUACUUUAGCACAUGGGUUGCAGAUAUCCCCUCAGUUAAGGUUAAGUAAGGGUAAGGAUUUCACUUAUAAUGAAUCAUGAAGAUAUUAAAGACAUAUUCCAAAGCUGACUACUGAGCAAAGUGCUCAUGGACCAGACUUAUGGAUAUAUUUCUAAUUUACAGGAUUGAUUUUUGAAUGCUUAAAUUGGUUGGGUAUUGUGGAAAAGAGAAAUUGGGAAAGCCUGCAAAAAACAGGAAUAGCUGGGAUGAUGAUCUGUCAUUCAAAGGAGAGUAUUUGGAAUGUGACUCAGAGAGAGCAGUUGGAGGCAGACCAACUGAAGGCUGGACCUUUUGGCUGGAAAGAGGGAAGAAGGUUCUCUUGGCUUUGGAGACUGAAGCCUGAAGAGGUCUUUGGCUUUGAAAGACAGAAGAAAGAAGGACAAAGUCCAGCUCUCUCUCUCUGAUUUGCUCUGUUGUGAUGGUGAUUGAACUUCUACACCUAUCAGUCAUUUCUCCAAAUUGAACUAUAUUCCAUCAUCUUUCAACCUAAGACUCAUCCUAGUAUUAGGGAAACCCCCAAACCCUCUUCCCUUUCAUUUUCUUAUCCUUCCCUGUCUUCCCCAGUAAAUCUCUUACAUAAGAUAGAGAAGAGAAAAAGAGUAUUUCAUUUGAGACAUCAUAAACUCACUGUUGAGUUGAUUAGAGAGAUCAAUAAGAGAAGCAACAGGAAGGGGGGAGGCAAGAAGGGAGGAAAGGAAUAUUGACAGCCUGAUCUGUAGUUAUCAAUCACUUCAAAUAGGCUCUUAUUACAGUAUUAAAUUUUGCUGAACUUCGAAAUCAAGUCUUUACUGUGAUCUGCAGUCUGGAAGGCUGGCAUGCGACAAUAGCUUCUUUGUAAUGUCAACGACCUAAACUCAGAAUCAGAGUGAGAGGUUGCCAGUGUUCUGAAGGAAGAAGGACUUUGAAAGGAGCUUCUGGUCUGGGCACUGGCUUUGCCACUGUGUUGGUAUCCGUUCCUUUAUCUUGUUGUUGAUGGCCAAUAUGAUGCUAAUAUUUCUGUCAUGACACCUGUUAGAUUGACACGCCGCAACCCCCAUUCCUACUUUCUUGAAUAAAGGCAGUUCAGCUGAGUCACUCUGGAACCUCUGACAGGCUGACGUGAUGAUGCCA